AUCGAGAACACCAAUAUUCUGAACUUUGACACCACUAUACUACGUACCCUCGUCCAUUUUUCUUUCCUUCGUUCAAUUCUCCUUCAACCAUUUCCUGGAUGUCUGUCUUUACUCUAUAAUAUAUCUAUUCCUUCACGUAACCCGCUGGCCGAAUUGAGCCGCGCAGACUGUACUGUACGUCACUGCCACCAUCGUUGUCCUCUUCUCGACUCUCAACCAGCACACAUACACCCACGACUACGAGGCUGGGUCCACAGGCAUGGCGAGCAGAUAGCGCCAUGAGCAGCAACUACAACCACCUCCGGACGCGCUCCUCGCGCGACCACUUCAUGGAGCCCCCGUCAUUUGUAUCGCGUGUCGUCAAUGUGCUUCCGACUCGUCUCGCUCUCCUGGCACUCAGGACCCUGGACAAACCCCGCAAAGCCAUAACACAACUUCCCACCACACUCCGGAAUGCAAAGCGGGCCGCGCGGCGGCCGACGCUGCGCAGUUUUGUGAAUGUGCCGAAUGGGUUUAUUGCGGUCUGGUUCCUGUUGUUGCUGUGGGGAGAGCGGUGGGCGUUUCAUAGUGCGAUUAAGCAGUGCAGAUGGGAGAAUUGGGAGAGAUGGCCGCAAGCUGCGACCCCUCAUCAUCUUGUCCUCCUCGCGGAUCCUCAACUUGUCGACCCGCACACAUAUACUGGGCGGCCGUGGCCGCUGUCGACGUUUACGGAGCACCAUACGGAUAACUACCUGAGACGCUCGUAUACGAAUUUGCAACUCAAGUUGAAGCCAGAUACUAUAUUCUUCCUCGGCGACCUCUUCGAUGGGGGGAGGGAAUGGGCGACGAUGCGAGGGGACACAGAAGACCCAGAGUGGCAGACAAAACAGCGUGCAAAGGACGAAGCAGCAUUAGUAGGAUAUUGGAAGAAGAACUACGGCGAGAACUUCUGGAUGCAAGAAUACGAGCGCUUUGGAAAGAUCUUCUUCGACCUGUUCAACCUGGGGAACCCAACAUCGCAGCCGAGCCGCGGACAGAGGGGCCGCAAGAUCAUCGCGAGUCUGCCAGGAAACCACGAUCUAGGGUUCGGGGCGAAGAUCAAGAUGCCGGUGCGAGAUCGAUUUGAGGCGUUCUUCGGGGAGGCGAACCGCGUAGAUAUUAUAGCCAACCACACCUUCGUCAGCAUCGACAGCGUGAGCCUGAGCGCAGGGGCGGAUAAGAGCGAGGUCGAUAAUCGGGACGUUUACGCACCGGUGGAGGAGUUCCUGGCUGGCGUGCAGGCACGCAAGCGCCGUGCCACGGCGCGGGAACUCCGGUAUAUACGAGGCGAACCAGAGGAGCUCCGUCACCCGAGGACGAUCCAGGAUACGGAUGGUCUUGUGUUGAAGGAGAGUGAUUUCCUGCCCCUCGAUCCAGGAGAGGGGAACAGCAACGACUUCCCUACCAUCCUGCUCACCCACGUCCCGCUGUACCGCGAGCCUGGUACACCCUGUGGCCCGCAGCGCGAACACUGGCCCCCUGCCACACCCCCUAAGGGGCAACUCGGCCCCGUCGUCCCUGACCACCGCAACGCGAUCUCCGUGUCGCGCGGCUACCAGUACCAGAACGUGCUAUCACAAACCGACUCAGCGCGUCUGCUGAAGACGAUCGGGAACGUGCAGCACGUCUUCAGUGGCGAUGACCACGAUUACUGCGAGUUGGUGCACGAUGAGAUUAACUCGGGCGUGGGAAUUAUUGGCCGAGCGAGGGAAAUCACGGUCAAGAGUAUAUCGUGGUGUAUGGGCGUCCGCCAGCCCGGGUUCCUCAUGGCUAGUCUCUGGAACCCAAUUGGUCCCGAUGGACGCCCCUUGGGCACCAAAGGAGGCGGCCACGGCGCGGUGAACGAUGUUCCUGCACCGACGAUCGAGACGCACCUCUGUCUGCUCCCGAACCAAAUCUCGAUCUUCAUCCGAUACAUCUUCCUAUCCAUCAUUACCAUCUCCGCACUCCUCGCGCGCGCCGUCCUAACACAGACCAUGGGCCUUCCGCCCACCUUACCCCCAUCAGUAUUUUCCUUCUCUACCCCGUCGAAGGGGGACAGCCCGCUACUUCCAACAUCGAAGCGCGCGGCCGAGCUACACAGAUCGUCAGACUCCUCCACGAGCAGCACGUCCAGCACACUCAGCGGCCAUCUUGCGCCACGGAGUGCAGCAGCAAGGACGCGUAGUGUUAGUCCCGCAGUGGGCUAUGGGCUUCCGGCGGCGCAGGCGCAGGGCCGGUAUGCGCCGCCUGCCUGGGGAGAGGAUGGAGAUGAGAAGGAGAAGGGGAAGGGGUUUAGGGAGUUUGGGAGCGAGAGGGUGGUGAAGGAGGGGACGCCGCUGGGGAGGAUAGGGAGGGAGUUUGCGGGGAGCUUUUGGAGGGUUUUGUGGGUGGCGGUGUCGUUGUUUGUGUGGUUGACUUGGAGCGGUUAGGGAGUGUAUUUUUAUAUGAGGCUAAUGAACAUAUAUUUUUGGAUACUUGGUGGCCUCUGUGAGUGUAUACUGGCGAGAGUUCCUGGGGAUGUGCCUUUGGAUACUUGGUGUCUAUUUUGGGUGUGUGCCAGUGGAGGUUUAUGAGAAUGUGCUUUCGAAGUGUGAGUGAGCGUGGAGAAUUUACAUAACAGUUGCUCAAAUCUUAAUACUCCAGUUGAGAGAUUACAGGAAAGCUAUCACCCACCCAGGGCACGUACGUACCUGACAACGGCUGGAGUCGGAGGGGAAUCCCUGCUUGGAUAAAUAGGGAAAUGAAGAGGGCAUAUGCAACGAUGAACGGUAGAGGAUUUUGUCAUCAGGCGGCAGGACAAAAUGUCAAAAGUCACAACCUCUAGGACCUUUCGACACGCCACUUUCUAGUCACUACGCCAGCCUUCUCAACGUCACGCCGUCUUCUCGUUGCCCACCCCUGCUUCUCGUCACCACCUGCUCUCUCAUCGCUGGCUGCUGUCGUCGCAACAAUAUUAUUGUUAUUGCUGACGAAGCCCCUUUAUCCUCGAUGGCAUGGUUCAGGGAAGCAUUUGCUACUAUAUUGUUGUAAGGAGCACAGUGCUCCUUAUAAUCUUCGAUAUUCUCGGUAUUGGGUUUUCGCGCCUGGGGAAUCAUCCGCCAAACGAUACUAGUGUUAUUUAUGUUCACACAUCAAGAGAAGACGAGGUGAACGAGUCUGUUGCAUAUAGCCAGAUUUGACUGUAUUAUCACGCCCCUCCCUAUGGACUAACUAUCCCUUGUCCCCUCCCUAUCAGGGGACAAAACACAUCAUAUAAUACCGCUGCUACCGUGGCCCAUUCGUCCGAUUCAUAUACCCGACCCGAUAACAGCGCCGAACAUGAAUAAUACGAGGAAGCUGAGCCAACCCGCCUCCCGGGGGUCCAUAACCCCAUCCCAUCCCAAACACCCUUAAAACUCCCUCCCAAAACACCCGAAAAUAAAGAAUAAUAUAUGACGAUAAAUAGACCGUUAGAUGAUGAGGUAUAGCAUAUUGGCGCCGCGCUGAAUAAAAACUGGACAGAUAGAUGUGUGGUGAUAGUCGGAGUGAUGGUGAUGUGGUGAUGACAAACGCCGCGGUAAAUGUUG